CAUUGACCUCCAAAGCCACCAAAGCCCAACUACAGAGCCCUCAGUCAGUCUCGACCACAACAUGCUGCCACGAUGAUACAGCUUAAAACGAUGCUUAACUGCAUCGACAACUCGGGCGCUGCUGUCGUCGAAUGCGUUGCCGUGAUGAGAAAGAAGACGAGUGCUGCGAAUAUUGGUGACAGAAUCAUCGUGGUCGUGCAGAAACAGAGAAGCUUCGGCCCCGACAAUCCAGGUGGCACAAGUCUGGGGAUUUCCAACAAGGUUCGGAGAGGCGAUAUUCGACACGCUGUGGUGGUGAGGGCGAAAAAAGAACAACGGAGGCCAGACGGAAGUUUGGUCAAAUUCGAUGACAACGCAUGCGUGCUCAUCAACAAGAACGGCGAUCCCAUUGGAACACGAUUGUCUAGUGUGGUUGGGGCGGAACUACGGGAUAAGAAAUGGUCCAAGAUUCUAUCGUUGGCUCCCAUGCACAUAUGAUUGCGAACACAAAGCGCUGUCUUUUACACAGGUCAUUUGUCGUCCGUCGUUCAACGACUGAGUACCAUGUCCCUCUAGUGGUGACGUGGGAUUGAACGAGACGCGGUGCAUCUCAAAUGUAAUCAACAUCUGUACAAAUACCCAUCACCAUGACAAACUCCAAGAUUCGAAACCCAUGGUAUCAUGAUGCAAUCAUCGAGUCAUGCCGUUGGCAACCCAAACCCUUCCCACCCACCGAAGCGCCCAGUUUCAUGUUUUUAAAAGCUUUCAGCGAAGCCCCAACGCCAUACUAAACCGAUGUGUAGACAUGAUUGCACGCGAUGCAGACGUAGUAGAGUUUCUGUCAUCAGGUCAAUUGAAUGGUCAGGAGGAUGAAGAUGGACGAGGCACAUACCAUUCCAGUGUCAGCGGCUCGUUGCUGGGACUGGAAAUACACGGCUUCCUCCUCUCGACAUUUGGGGCAGAUCUGCUUGGCUCGAGGGAGCUGUGGAAAAGCAAAGAGAAGUUGUCAGCCAGAGAUUCUGAGUGCAAGAAAAUCAGGUGACAAGCAAGAACUCAUGGGAGACCACAUUGAAAGCAUUUCAACUGAUCACCACACAGGGUACAAAGAUGAGGGCUGCUGAACAAGUCGGAUGAUUCGGUGGGUGGUGAAUCACGCACAGUAGGAUCGUUAGCAACAUCCGUCGUCACUCCAGCCGUCUCUUGUACAGUAGCCCCCAGAUGUUGUCGAAAGGUGCAGGCCGAGUCGUGGGUGGUGGUUGCGUGGC